AAAAAGAAGGAAGUCAGAAAACUGUAAGGUAGUUGGGGUGUGAGCCAGUCUUGAGGACCAUAAAUAAACGUCUUUCACAACGCUGCUUCUUCAAGAAGUGGAUUUUAUUCAACCGUACAGCAUAUAUGACAUAUGGAGUAGUAUAUAAAGCCAAAAAAACAAACAAAAAAGACAAUCUUUGAUCGAGACUUAUGUUGGGGAUUCGAAUAGAUAACUGAAGAGCAAUUAGCAUGGCCUAUGUUCCACCCCAUAAACGAGUUUCAAAGAAAGGCUCUUCACAGAAUCCCACUCCCACACCAAAGCCAGAGUUGCCUCCAUUUCACACCAACAACAAAAAUUCAAAACACAACUCAUCUGCUGCUGGAAUUACUGGUUAUGCAUAUGAGCAUAUCCACAGAUGGUUUGCUGCUGGUUUGGAUGAUCGUAAUCUCUUUCCACCUUCGGUUGAUCUCCAACCUCUUUAUGUAGAAUCCGCCAAUGAAAAUGUCGUACAGCGUCUAGCUUUAUUCAACAACACUGAUUCAAAUGAAAAACAAAGUAACAACAGACUAACAAAAAGCUUCAAUAGAGGACCGUGGGAGUACAUAGCAGAAACUGUUUUACCAGACAUUCAUUCUUCGUUUGAAGAUUUUAGGAACAAAAUGGAGGAGUCUGAUCAGAACCAUGUAAAAUUUACUCCAUUGAUAAUCCUUAGAUUUGGCAAAGUUCUAUUUCGCAGGGGGUGUGCACUUUCUGAAGAAUUACUGAGGGGGUAUAGAGCUUCAUUUUACACAGAUAUUCUUGAUUCAUAUAUAGAAUACAUAUUAGAAGAAGGUGCCUCAGAGAGUGGACUCAAAUUUAAACUAGAGAAAGAAGUGUAUACUGUAUUUUUUCGUGAGGCAACACAACCAGAUGACUCUAUGUCUAUGUGUUGCAAAUGUAGGGUACUAGAAGAUGGAAAGUUGAAUCCACACAAGAUUGAACAUUCCUAUGCACAUCACAUGCUCAGAGACAUAUCUUGCCUUGAAAAGAAUCUGGACCUGAGGCUGGACCUAAGCACCAAAAAACUUGUAACUAAUUUUUCUGAUGAUGACUUGGGAAGCCUCAAAAAUUUAAUUAGUUCUGCUGUUGUAGAUAAAGAUGUUAAAGGUGGACUAACAUGGCCUAUGGGAAUGACAUUUUCUGGAGAAAAAUUUAAGGUGGUUAAGGUAUGGCGAGUAAGAAGUAAAGUAUACAAAAAUCAAAGGCUAAGGCUUAAGAUCAAAGAUGUUAAUCGAUCUUUAGGCAGGGAAGCUACAAAGGAAGUUGUUAUAAUGUUGAAAGGAGUAGUUUCAGAAUUAAUGAAAAAAGAUGUUGAUAGGAAGCUCAUAAGUGAAAUGCUUAAGAAUGACUUGAAGGUUAUAUGGGACAACUUUCUUUGCUGUGAACGCUUUCCAAAAAGUAUCACAGAAAUUUCCAAAUAAUGUUGUACAUUUCAGAGAAGCUGGCCUUGGACGCUUUUCUCAACUAUAAAUACCUUAAUUGGUUUUUCAUUGUUAGUAUUUUGAAGAGCUUUAUUUAUUGUUGUGCCUUGUGCAUUUUUUGUCUUUAGGAAGACAGCACUCACUAGUUCAUUCUUAGUUCUAUUUUGACCCUAUCUUUAGUAUAGGGAGCCUUUAUACGGUGGCAGAUGUUCAUUGCUCCUUGUUUUUUGUUUGAAUAAUUUGUUUGCUAAGAGAACCUAGUUUAUUGUUCCUUCUAA